GAGAGGUGACGCGAAGAACAGCGACCUCAGGCGCACCCAGACGCACAGAGAAGCUGCACACACGUCCAGUAUGGCGCUAUCAAAUGUCCUCGAAACUCCUGCAUCCGGCUUUAAUUUCGACAACGCAGCGAGGAAUUCUGCAUUAGAGGGUCUUUUUGGAGGAGGACAGACUCCUAAACCUUUGAAAACAGGCACAACGAUAGCAGGAGUGGUGUUCAAGGAUGGGGUGGUGCUGGGAGCAGACACCAGAGCGACAUCCAGCGAAGUUGUGGCUGACAAGCAGUGCGCCAAGAUCCAUUACAUCGCUCCAAAUAUAUACUGCUGUGGAGCGGGUACGGCAGCAGAUACAGAGAAGACCACGGAGCUGCUCUCCUCCAACCUCGCCAUCUUCUCUCUGAACAGCGGGAGGAACCCUCGUGUCGUCAUGGGUGUCAACAUACUGCAGGAUAUGCUUUACAGGUAUCACGGUCAAAUCGGGGCCAAUCUUAUACUGGGAGGAGUAGAUUGCACUGGGAACCACCUGUACUCGGUGGGGCCUUAUGGGAGUGUAAAUAAGGUGCCUUACCUUACAAUGGGAUCUGGAGAUCUGGCGGCUCUUGGGAUUCUAGAGGACGGGUUCAGACCCGACCUGGAGCUGGAGGAGGCGAAGGAGCUCGUGCGUGUUGCCAUCCACGCUGGAAUCAUGAGUGACCUCGGGUCAGGCAACAACAUCGACAUCUGUGUGAUCACCAAAGAAGGAGUGGACUACAUCCGACCCUAUCGGGAGUCAGAGUACAGAGACAACAGGAAAAUGAAAUACAAAUACCGCCCUGGAACAACACCGGUCCUAACAGAGAAGGUAGUCCCCCUGAAGCUGGAGGUGGUGCAGGAGACGGUGCAGCAGAUGGACACAGCCUGACGCAAAGUGACUCAACAAUCUCAUCUUAACAUUUAGCUGCAAAGGACCAGUCUUCAUUUUAUUACAGGGUUUUCACUAUAUUCAAUAUCAAUAGUAAUACAUCUCAGACAUUUUAUCAUCAAGGCUUAGACUCUAAUUCUGUUUAACUGUGAUGUGGAGUACAGUAACAGUAAGCCGGGAGACUGAUGUAUGAAAAGAUUAUAACAUGUUUUCACAAUUCUUGAUUGAUAAUAAAAACCUGUUAAAAAAAUCUGGCAAACCCCUUUUCUUCAAUUCUUUUCAUGACAUGUAACUCUUUUUUUAAAGAUUUAUAUCAGGUCUGUUUAUGCCUUUAUUGAGACAGGACAGUGGAUAGAGGCGGAAAUCACAGAGAGAGAUAGAGGGGAAUGACAUGCGGGAAAAGGAGCCACAGUCCGGAUUCAAACCGGGACUGCCCACUUCCAGUUCCACAGCCUCUGCACAUGGGGCGCUCCAAUUUACCACUAGGUCACAGGCGCCCUCAUGAUGUGUGACUCUUAAUAGACUCAGUCUUUUCCCUGCACCAAAGACACUAAAUUAGGUUUCCAGGAUGUUAUGUGUUCAUAGAAGUUCAUCUUUAACAUUUCACUGACUGAACUGCAUCAGACAGAGUUACAUUUUAUGAUAUGAAAUCUGCAAGUUCUAAAUAUAAUUGACCUCUGCUGGAUUAUCCAAACAUUACUGGUUUGUUGUGUUAAUGUACAAACCCUGCAGACAAGAGCUCAAAUGUAAUGUAUACAAUGAAACUUAUAACAUGACUUUACAAAAAAUAAAAUACAUAGUUGGCACAAACUU